AUGAGUUCUAGCUGCAUCAAUGGAGUUGUAGGUUUGAUAUUCUUUAUAUGUACAAUAUAUAGUGUUACUUGUCCAGUGUUUGCUGCCUACUGCGUAACCCCAACGGAGGAGUCUCUUACAGUUGACAAGUGUUUGCCCUUCACACCAUCACAUUACAUUAGCGCUCUUCUUGGACAUGAUACCAUUGCGGACACUUGGCAUUGUAGUGCUACUUGUCAUGAUCCAUGGAACCCGCAUGAUGAACUUUCACUUCGAUUAGAAAUGGAAAGAUGGAUACGAGCCAAUCGUACGGUGGGAAUGUUCCCAGAAGCAUAUCAAUUUGUUAAGGAUGAACUUAUGCGGCUCACAAAUAAUCUUCACGGUGAUACAGAAAACCCACAAGGAGUAACACAUAUACGAGCUACCUUGGCUAAUGCCACACUUGCCGAUAUGCCUUGGUUACUCGUAUCCAAUAAAACCUUGAGAAAGGCACAUCUUUACUACCAUCGAUAUGUGCAGCAACGGCCUAUAGUAAGAGUCCUACAUCUCACAAAGGAUACGGGUACACCAGAUAUGAUUUAUAAUUACUUACGACGGGUAUCGGAUUGGUGGACGGAAACGGAAAGGAGAGUGGUACAGGAUCCACGUGCCACUGUUCCAUUUCUUCCUCGGAUUUCAUUAGAUCAAUUGGUCGGUCCAGCUCUUUCUUCCACAGAUCCUGCAACCUUAGAGUGGUUGAGUAGACGUAAUUGGACUUCUACUCCAAUCAAGGGACGUAAAUAUCCUAAACAUCGACAAUUUCUUUUGACUCCAUCACGUAUUCCUCUUCCCACAGCAUUAGUUUAUUACUACAAAGAAGAUUGUGCAGUAUGUGAGGUGUUUGGAGUGGCUUUUGAUAUUUUACCACUUCUCUACCGUAGAUUAUGCGGUUAUGGACAUGUUUCUAUUGUUAGUUGUAGUCCACUAGUUAUCUUUAUUCGAUCAGGUGUGGGUACUGUUCCACGAAAGGUCCCAACACUGAUGCUGCAUGGCUUACAAUUGCCAUCAACAGUUCAGGUUCCAGCAUAUUUUCCUGUUAUUUUGGAUGUCCUUGCGUUAUUAAUAGUAAAUGACUCCUUUGACGGGGUUGAAGCAUCACUUGGAUAUCAACCACAAGUUGUAGAAGUCCUUGUAAAAAUUUUAUUACGGAUGGUAGAUUGGGACAUGGUGGAGCCACGCCGCCUUUCAGCUGCAGAGGCAGCUCAAUAUGCAUUAGAAGAGAAAAUGGCAGCACAAGAGAUGUCUCAAUCAUUUACUAACACGAGUAAUAUGACCAAUAUAAAUAGUACCACAGCAGCAACAGAAGGAGUAGGAAAAGGAGAAGGAGGAGAAAAUCAUUCUCUUGCUGAUCUUAAACAAAAGAUGAUGAAUCGAACACGGAGACGUAGAAACGUGGUUACUUUGGAGAGUGAAUUACGCCGACUCGUAACCUUUCAUUUGAAGGAACUGUGGGGAAAUAGUUCUGCUAAGGUGGAAAGUAUGGCUCCUUUGUCCUCAUCAAUGUCAGAACCGCAAUGGUUUAAGGCCAUGUGUGCUCUCCUUACUGUAUUGUGGUUUGUGUUGAUGAUAUGGAAACCGGGUAACGUGAAUUCUGAAGGAAGACAGGGUCAAACGGAGUAUGAAGGCUGGGUAGGGUAUGAGGAAGAGAGAGUAACACACAAGUAA